AUGGUCCCCAACGAUUUCGAUUGCCUUCUGGUCAAGGAAGAAAAGGAGGAUAAAAAAGAGGAGGCGGCAGACAUAGACUAUGAUCCUGCAGGGAAAGACAGCAGCAACGGAUCGGGAGGAGGCAAGCUGAGUGGUCGAGCCAAGGCCGUGGCGUAUGGCUCCACGAUGAUCACCCUUGUAUCGACAAUGAAGCCCUCGCCGGAGGUGCCGGCCACACGAACGGUGCACCGCACCACAUUACGUUCGUUGGCCACGGCGGCGGCGGCCACGGCCGCUGGCCUGUGUGCCCCAUCGCCCACCGUUUCGGUGCUCAAUCAGAGCAAGGUGUUGCAGCGGCGUUUGGGCCUGCCGCCGGAUCUACAGUUGGAGUUUGUGAAUGGCGGACAUGGCAUCAAGAAUCCACUGGCUGUCGAGAAUGCCCAUGGUGGCCAUCACCGGAUACGCAACAUCGAUUGCAUUGAUGAUCUCAGCAAGCACGGCCACCAUUCCCAGCAGCAACAGCAGCAGCAGCAGCAAUCAUCACCCCAGCAGCAGCAGACGCUCCAGCAACAGCAACAGCAGCAGCAAUCCCUCCAGCAGCAACAUCAGCAGCAGCUCCAGCAUCAUAGCAGUGCCAGCAGCAAUGCCAGUAGCCACGGCUCCGCGGAUGCCCUUUGUAUGGGGGGAUCUGGAUCGGCCAGCCAGGCCGGUGAUGAUUCUGUAGUCAAUGGAAAGUUCGUUUGCCGUGUGUGCAUGAAAACGUUCUCGCUGCAGAGGCUGCUCAAUCGGCACAUGAAAUGCCACUCGGACAUCAAGCGGUACCUGUGCACGUUCUGUGGCAAGGGAUUCAACGAUACCUUCGAUCUGAAGCGGCACACGCGCACCCACACGGGCGUCCGACCGUACAAGUGCAAUCUGUGCGAGAAGAGCUUCACGCAGCGCUGUUCCCUCGAGUCGCACUGCCAGAAAGUGCACAGUGUCCAGCAUCAGUAUGCUUAUAAAGAGCGUCGCGCCAAGAUGUACGUAUGCGAAGAGUGCGGCCACACGACCUGCGAGCCAGAGGUUCAUUAUUUGCAUCUGAAGGACCUGCAUCCGUUCUCGCCGGCGCUCCUUAAGUUCUACGAUAAGCGGCACUUCAAGUUCACCAAUUCGCAGUUUGCCAACAAUCUGCUCGGACAGCUGCCAAUGCCUGUCCACAAUUGAAUCGUGGAUCGUCAGUAGUUAGCCCUAAGAUCCCCAACUCCCACCAUGUGACUUUGAAGUUUUCUGAAAACUGCCCCCAUGCCCCACCACAAAACCACCCCCACACCGCCCUCUGCUGUAGCUAGCGGAGA